AUGAGCAACACGCACGUUCCAGAGCCACACGAAACUAAUGAACAGCGCCAUCCUACGAAUCAGUCCCGCUCGAAGGUAACUUACAACGGCCUCGCCUCGGUUAUAUCAGUUGCAUUGCCAAUAGCCAUGUAUUUCAUCUUCGACAAAGAUCGUUUCAAAGAGGACCCUUUACUCAGAUUCGCCACUAUACUCCUUCCAUUUUCAUACUCAGCAACGCAAUAUCUUUUUCUUCUCUACGCCAACUGGAAGUCGAACUACAAGCCGGAGGACACACUGCACAAGGCACUCUACUACUCUUUCAAUGCUCUCCUCAUCGCAUUUGCUACUAUCUCCAUUCUUUCGAUUGUCGCACUUCCUAUCGAUGGAUGGGGAAGUAGGAACGACAUAGUCAUCCACUCAGUGAUCCUUCCUUUCUUCGUUGUAUGGUCUGCCUACCUGACAUUUACAAUCAAUUGCCUCAUAAUGAAAACAAUCCGUCUCACAGACGUCAAUUUCUGCAUGCUUAUUGCCCUAAUGAUGAUGAUAAGAAUUAUAGUAGAGUUUAAAUCCUCGAACCGAGAAUACAGAUAUUAUAGACAAAUGCCGACACCCAUGUUUCGAGACACUUUCUUGCCUACCAUAAAGCGGAUGGUAUCUAUCCUUACCACCAUGCUCGUCCUUGCUACAUUUAUGUAUGCAUUCAUAGCAUGGAAAUGCCUAAUCUUCCUUAGAAACAUGUAG